GUCUCUCCUAUUCUGAAUAGUUUUUUUUUUUUUGAAGAAUAUUUAUCUUCCUUUAUGAGACUGUAAAUUUGGCCUUUUGAGAGAACUGGAUCUUUAUCUGAUCUGGGUGUAUUCUGCUUCUACCUUUGUUGCAGGUUCUUGAUUUGUCAGAAGUGCGUCAUUUUUCCACGAUUUUGAUUCUUAAAUCUCAUCUUCUUUAGAGCCAGUAUAAAACGCUACAAGUCGUGAAUUUGUUGACAUGGUAAAAACCUCAUUGACUAUGAGCAGAUAACAUUACACAUUAUGGAUUGGCUAAAAAAAAUUUUUAAAGGCUCCAGCCACAGUAUUUCAGAAGGGCGUUAUCUUGGUAAUUAUGGAGAGGAGCCAAAUUCCUAUGCACCUUCAACUUCAGGGGAUGUGUGGUCUGAGCAAGAGAAAGAAGAUAUAGAUCGUGCCAUUGCACUAUCCCUCGUAGAAGAAAGGGAGAGGGUGAUUGAUAGGAGAUCUCAAUUGGAAGAGGAUGAACAGCUUGCAAGAGCUAUGCAAGAUAGCUUGAACUUUGAAUCUCCUCCAAGGUUUGGAAAUGGGCAUCCAUAUCUUCCCAUGCCAGUCCAGUUCCCAACAGGGCACAGGAUCUGUGCUGGUUGCAAUGCUGAGAUUGGUCAAGGACGAUUUCUGAAUUGCCUUAAUGCAUAUUGGCAUCCAGAAUGUUUCCGUUGCCAUGCUUGUCAGCUACCAAUUUCUGAUGUUGAGUUUUCUAUGUCUGGGUAUUACCCUUAUCAUAAAUUUUGCUACAAGGAGCAGUAUAAUCCAAAAUGCGACGUGUGCAAGCAUUUUAUUCCAACAAACCCUGCUGGUCUUAUUGAAUAUAGGGCACACCCCUUUUGGUCCCAGAAGUAUUGCCCUUCUCAUGAACAUGACGGCACUCCAAGAUGCUGCAGCUGUGAACGAAUGGAGCCUCGCGAAACUGGAUACGUUGCCCUUAAUGACGGACGGAAGCUCUGCCUAGAGUGUGUAGACUCUGCAAUCAUGGAUACUAAUGCAUGCCAACCCCUUUAUCUUGAUAUACAAGAAUUUUAUGAAAGUUUAAAUAUGAAAUUGUGGCCGCAAGUUCCAUUACUCUUGGUUGAAAGGCAAGCACUAAAUGAAGCCAGAGAGGGAGAAAUGAAUGGCCAUUAUCACAUACCAGAGACCAGAGGGCUCUGCCUUUCUGAGGAACAAACUGUCAGCACAAUUCAAAGACAAACAAGGCUUGGGCGAAGAAACAUACCUGAGGAAAUGAUAACAGGACCCUACAAACUGUCUCACCACUGUGAGGUGACUGCAAUUCUGAUUCUGUAUGGCCUUCCAAGAUUACUAACUGGGUCAAUCCUAGCUCAUGAGAUGAUGCAUGCUUGGAUGCGACUUCAAGGUUUCCAAAUUCUGAAUCAAGAUGUUGAAGAAGGUAUUUGUCAGGUUCUUGCACACAUGUGGUUAGAUGCUCAGCUCAGGUCCAUUUCAGGCAAUAAUGUUGCAUCAACCUCCAGAAAUUUGAGGCAGACAAGAUCAAAAUUCGAGAGAAAGCUAGGAGAAUUUUUCAAGCACCAGAUUAUAUCCGACACUUCCCCAGUUUAUGGAGAAGGAUUCAGAGCAGGGCAGUUGGCAGUACAUAAAUAUGGUCUUGGAAGAACCCUCGAUCACAUUCGCUUGACCGGGAGAUUUCCUUACUGAACUUAUACAAGUAUCCUACAUUUUUUCACUGCUGCUUUUUUCCUUUGAACAAGUUACAGAAUCUGAGGCCCCUAGCAUGUAGAUUAUUUUCUUUAACUGAUUUUUGCACCACCGUAUAUGUGAUUUUGAUUCUUUUAAUCAUGUAAAAAUUCAGUUUUUAUCUAAUAUACUCGUGAGGUGAUUACUCUGAAGAAA